AUGUCUGAAUCGAAGCCCAACCAGUUCCAGCCCGGCUGGAAGCCACCAGUCCAACAACAGGCUCCUCCAGGUGACCAGCGCAAGCUAGACCCUCAGCCGUCGACGGAAGAUGUCCCGGAUGAGAAGGGCGGCUGGAGAGCAUACCAAGGCUCCGGCAAGCUCAAGGGCAAACGAGCCAUUAUUACUGGUGGCGACAGUGGCAUCGGACGAGCGACAGCCACGCUCUUCGCCAUGGAGGGUGCCGACAGUCUGAUCACAUAUCUGCCCGACCUGGAGGAGCAGGAUGCUGAAGACACCAAGAAAUUGGUGGAGAAGUACGGCCGAAAGUGCCAUACUCUUGCCGUUAACCUCAAAGACAAGAACAACUGCAAGAAGCUUGUCGAUGAGGCAAUCAAGCAGAUGGGUGGUAUUGAUAUCUUGUUCAAUAACCAUGCUUAUCAGAUGAUGGUGCAUGAUAUCAAGGACUUGCCCGAGGAGCAGUGGGUGCAUACUUUCGAUACAAACAUCCAUCCUUUCUUCUACGUUUCGAAGUACGCCCUUGCACAUAUGGAGCGCGGGUCAACGAUUAUCAACGAUGCUUCUGUCAACGCAUAUGUUGGCCGCCCAGAUCUUCUUGACUACACAUCGACAAAGGGCGCUAUCGUAGCCUUCACCCGUGGCUUGAGCAACCAGUUUGUGCACAAAGGUAUCCGUGUCAAUGCAAUUGCACCCGGCCCAGUGUGGACGCCACUGGCUCCCGCAACCAUGGACGAAGGUGCCAUUGAAGGGUUUUCAGCACCUAUGGGUCGACCUAGCCAGCCCAGCGAGAUUGCUACGUGCGUGGUGUUCUUGGCCAGCACAGAUAGCAGCUCCAUCAGUGGACAGACCAUCCACUGCAAUGGCGGUGUGAUAGUGAACGGCUAG